UAGUGUCACGCAAGAAUAAACACGGUAUCGAUCGACCCGCAGUGUCUUUCCCCUUUAUAAAGGCAGUAGGCAAGCUCUUGCAAAGGGGCCGGUAAACAUACCACAUAUUUGGUUACAGGAAAUAACACCAUCUCUCUGACAUGUAGAAUCUUCACCUCAGGUUAUCAACAAACGGCACAAAACCUUGAUGCGGUGAUGCUGCAGUAGGCCCUAUUUCGUUUGACCGGCUAUAUCAUCAACCAUGGAGGGCCACAUCGAUAGACAAGACUUAUCGGGUGUUAUAUACCGGGACAGCCAUGCUAACAGACUGGAUUCACUCCGGGUGUUACUACCGGCGAGGCCCGGUAAAAGAGAUAAGGCGAGAAGUCCACUAGACACGUCUGGUUUGUUCAGCACCUUGAUGUACUCAUUCCUAACGUCGAUAUACCUGAAAGCUCAUCGCACUGAAAUCACUGAAGACACACUCACCAGUCUCAUGUCAGAUAGAGAUACUACGGCUGUUAACUGCGAACGAUUUGAACGGCUAUGGAAGGCAGAGACAGAGUCCAGAGGGGAGAGCAAAGCUUCCCUCAGAAGAGUUAUAUUCCGGUUUAUCCGCACUCGAUUCCUGGCUGCGUCUCUUGUCUUAGUAUGUGGACUGACAAGUGGAUUUCUGCUAACGGCGUUUGUUCUUUACCUUGCCAUACAAUACCUAGAGGAACCAGGUGUCUCCACUGGAUACAGUGUAGCAUUGGCCUUUGCGCUGUUCUCAUCAGCAGCAUGCCGGGUAGUAGGCAUGAACUUCAUGUGGUACCUCAAUAUCCGGACUGCAGGACGCCUUCGCAAUGCCCUCAUGAUGAUCUUGUACAAGAAGGUGUUGAGACUUCGCAGUUCAUCAGAUAUUUCAGUAGGAGAGAUGGUGAAUAUCUGCGUUAAUGACAUGCAACGCCUUUAUGAUGCGGUGACAUUCCUCCCAGUCCUAUUUGUCAGCCCAAUCUUCAUUUUACUGAUUCUAAUUGGAUGUAUACUAGUAGUAGGAGUACCAGCCACUCUGAUGGGUACCAUCAUGCUUCUUUUAUUCAUCGCUAUCCAGGGUCGCCUUGCAAAGAUUAACAUCCGCCUUCGUCAGAAAUGCGUGAAGUUAACGGACCAACGUACCCGGCUGAUGAAUGAAGUCCUUAACUGUAUUAAACUCAUCAAGAUGUACGCGUGGGAAGACAUUUUUUCCAGUAAUCUGUCCACAAUCCGUCAGCAGGAGUGUACUUACCUUCAGAGAGCUGGGUACCUAGGGAGCUACACCCUUGGGCUGGUGCUGUCUGCUUGUCCUGCUGUGCUCAUCGCUGCAGUCGUUGGUAACCGACUACUGGGUAAUGACAUCACUGCUGCACAGGCUUUUACUUUAAUGCAGUUAUUUGGCUCCUUUUCUAUAAUCCUGUACCUGCUCCCGAAUGCCAUCAAACCAUUAUCAGAAUCAGUGGUGUCCAUCCAACGUAUACAGCCUAUCCUAAUGAUGACAGAGAGCAAUCAUGAAUGGGAACUCCCAUCAGAUCCCGGUCACGCCUUGGUUAUAGAGAACGCCUCUUUCAGCUGGGAUGUCCCUCCCACUAAAGAAAGAAUCACCGAGGCAGAAAUCAACUCCAACACCAAGUACACAUUAGUCAUUGAUGAUGAUAUGGCUAAUGCAGAUGAGAAAAAUGAAGAAAGUGUAAACACUGAAAGGCUGACAUCUGAUGAGAAUUCUAAGAUGCUGCAUAGGUCUCUUAAUGCACCACAAGGUCAAUCCGCAAUACUCAGAAACAUCAGCCUUAUUGUACCAAAGUCCCGUCUGAUUGGAGUUGUUGGCUCAGUAGGAAGUGGGAAAAGUUCACUCCUAGCCAGCUUGCUGGACCAGAUGUACCUACUGGACGGAAAAGUGACCUUAGAUGGGACAUUCGCCUUUGCCUCACAGCAGGCUUGGAUAAUGAAUGCAACUGUUCGAGACAACAUUUUAUUUGGUGAAGAAUACAAUGAGGAGAGAUACAAGAAAGCCAUCUUCUCUUGCUGCUUGGAAAGAGACUUAGAAAUCAUGACAGAUGGAGACCAAACAGAGAUCGGUGAACGAGGAGUGAAUGUUAGUGGUGGACAGAAGCAGCGGAUUAGUCUGGCUCGAGCGUAUUACUCAGAUCGUGAUAUCUAUCUUCUAGAUGAUCCAUUGAGUGCUGUAGAUGCACACGUUGGUAAACACAUCUUUAAUCAUUGCAUCAAUGGAGUACUACGAGGGAAGACAAUCUUGUUUGUAACUCAUCAACUACAGUACCUUCAAGAAUGUGACCACAUUAUUCUAAUGAGAGAUGGUGGUAUAUCUGAGCAGGGUACCCAUAAUGACCUCAUCAAGGCAGACGAUGAAUACGCCCGUCUAAUUGACACGUUCCACGGUACAGUCGGGGAAGAUGGACACAAUGUACAACCAAAGAGCAGAGUGGGCAGGGUGAAGGAAAACAAGAGCAUGGAUACUGACCAUGGGAUGGAAGGAAAUAACAAUAUAGUAGCUGUAGACAAUGAUGAAAUUGCCAAACUUAUUAAUGAGGAAGAUCGAGGUCGUGGGACGGUGUCGUUCAGUACUUACCGUAGCUUCAUCCAAUAUGCCGGUGGUGUUUGCCUGGCAGUCACCAACGUCUUGCUCAUGUUCUUAGCGAUGUUAGCGUCAAUAGCUACCACUAUAUGGUUGUCAAUCUGGAUUCAGGAGAUGGUGAGGUGGAAAACUAAAGUGAUUCCUGGCAACGCCACGGACUCUGAGUCACCCGAGUCACCGACACCGGCCUAUGGUCUGCUACCGUUCAAUCCAGCGGGUGACAAUGCUGGGUCAGACGUACCUCCAUACUCACCGAUUGAUGGACCCAAUGAAAACGAUGAUAACUUGUCAUUCUAUAUUCCCAUUUACAUUGGGAUAUUUGUACUGGCUUUGUCCAUCCUUGGAAUUGCAUGCGUUACUUAUAUCAUGACUUUGCUUCGAGCUACAACGCGUAUCCAUGAUAGACUACUGCAUAAGAUAAUGCGAUGUCCAAUGGCAUUCUUUGACACUACACCACUGGGUCGUAUUCUCAACAGAUUCUCUAAAGAUAUGGAUGAAGUUGACUUGAUGCUACCGAUCAAUUUAAUGAGGGCGUUGAUAUUCCUUAGUGUGGUCUUGGUGAUCCAGACCAUUAUCGGAAUCAUCCUUCCUUACUACCUCAUCAUCUUCGCUCUGGUUGUCAUAGCAAGCAGCGCCCUCUAUGUCAUCUUUCGUAAAGGCUUUUGCGAGAUAAAGCGCUUUGAUAACACCUCAAGGUCCAAGAUGGUGUCCCAUAUCUCUGCUACGAUGCAGGGAUUGGUGUCCAUACGGGCAUACGGUCAAUCAGAGAGAUUUAUGGCCAGAUUUAAAGAGCUACUUGACACCAAUUCACACUUAUUACAAUUGUUUGGCAUGGCACCCCGGUGGGUGGCCGUGCGUAUGGACAUCAUGGCCGCCAUGUUGGUCGGCGUGUUGGCACUGCUGAUUCUACUAGCCAAGGAUACCUUGUUCUCCACUGUCGUUGCCUCCAUGGCCUUGUAUCAAGCACUUUUGAUUUCCGGUGGGUUUCUGCAGGAACUCGUCAUUUCUUGCACAAUGACUGAAAGUUCAUUCAUAUCAGUGGAAAGAAUGCUGGAGUAUAUCGAGAAAACGCAAUCUGAAGCCGAUGAUCAUGAUGAAGAAAGCAAACCUGAUGAUUCCUGGCCCUCUAGUGGUGACCUGAAAUUCCAGCAAGUUGAGAUGAGAUAUCGACCUGAGCUUCCACUCGUCUUGAAGGGGAUCACGUGUCAUAUACAGCCCAGGGAGAAGAUUGGCAUUGUGGGAAGGACUGGCUCUGGUAAAUCUUCAUUAGGCGUAUCCCUCUUCCGUCUUGUGGAGAAUGCCUCUGGUAUGAUCCUUUUAGACGGAGUAGACAUAGCAUCUCUUGGCCUCCAUGAUCUACGAUCUAGACUGGCUGUCAUCCCUCAAGACCCAGUGCUUUUCGCUGGCAGCGUCAGAAUGAAUCUGGACCCCUUAGAGAAGCAUUCAGAUGCUGAGCUGUGGGAUGCAUUGGAGAAAACUUACCUCAAGCAAACGAUAAGUGCCUUAGACAGUCAGCUAGAGGCUACAGUGAUCGAGAACGGGGAGAAUUUCUCCGUUGGUGAGAGACAACUCAUGUGCAUGGCUCGUGUUCUCCUCAGGAAUAGCAAGGUGUUAUUGAUGGAUGAAGCUACGGCAGCCAUUGAUACAGAGACAGACAGUCUGAUUCAGCAAACGAUACGAGAUGCAUUCAAGGAAUGUACAAUCCUCAUCAUAGCGCACCGGCUCAAUACCAUACUGGAUUGUGAUAAGAUCAUGGUCAUGGAGAAGGGACAGAUUGUCGAGUUGGAUACACCCAAGGCAUUGCUAGCGGAUCCAGCAUCUCAGUUCAGUGCCAUGCUGGAAGCUUCAGAACAUAACAAAGGACAACUCGAUUGAUCAAGAAAGGUUUAUGAUCUGAUAUACAAGGAGCUUGAGAUGAUGGCCAAAUCCAGCAGCCGUCUCCUGGGUUCCCGCUCGCUGGCUAUUGUAAGCCUUGUAAGCCUUCUGAAGUAGAGUCUUUUCAUCUUGCACAGUGCCAUAACCAUCCUUCAACUCAUGAACAAGAGCUCCUUGUAUAUGAGGCAUGACGUCAGGGUGGCCUUCCUGUCACCUCCAUGGAUGUUAUCUAGAGGCCGAUAUUUUGGUGUGGGCUCCUAGGCAGCAGCUCAAGAAUAUCUGCCGCCACAAGAAGAGUGAGGUCACUAUGUUAGACAAUCUAGUGUGCCUCGUCUAGUACCGCCCAGCGAUGGACCUUCCGCUUGCCCUUCCCCUCCAAUAUCUGCCGCCACAAGAAGAGUGAGGUCCCUUUGUUAGACAAUCUAGUGUGCCUCGUCUAGUACCGCCCAGCGAUGGACCUUCCGCUUGCCCUUCCCCUCCAAUAUCUGCCGCCACAAGAAGAGUGAGGUCACUAUGUUAGACAAUCUAGUGUGCCUCGUCUAGUACCGCCCAGCGAUGGACCUUCCGCUUGCCCUUCCCCUCCAACUUCUGCUACUUUAAGGAUGCCCUCUUUGUCGUUUCUUCUUCUCUGGCCUACCUUAAAGUUGCCCUGUCAGCCACCCCAGCACUCCCUCCAAUACUGCCCAACCCCAUUUUCAGAGUUUUGUGAUGAUCCCACAUAUUCCGAACCCAAACAAUCCUCCCACACUAGCCCGAUUUGAGAGCUAUAAAUGCGGUCAAGUUGGACAUGUUGCACUUAGGUGUCUAAUCCCCCAAAACAACAAAGUCCAUGCCGUUAAACAGGCACCUGCCUCCACAGGGGUUAAUGUGACAGGAAGCAUCACACUCAAACCUGAUUCACAUUGAAAAGAAAAUAUCCACUUUUUAU